AUAAAUAAGUUGACUGGUGAAAAAAAUGAAAGUUUAAUAAGAUAAGAUUGUUGUAAACUAGAUCCGCGAAUCUUAUUUCUGCUCCAUUUCCCAAUGCAAUUUUAGUGCAACUAAAAUGAACAAAUCUAUGCAAUUUACUAGAUUUUUUAAUGAGAGACGAACAAGCAUGUGCAUAUUCCUGUAUAGUACAUAAUUCAAUGAGUAAAUAUACAAAAUAUGAACCAUCUUGAAUUUCAGUGAGAGUGUACUUAUUUCACGCCUUUUGUCAAAAUCUCUAUUAAAAUAUGAGUUCCCAACAAAUGGUUCAGAUGGCUCAUAAGCUUAGGACAGCUCUUAGGAUCCCUACAGAUACACUUAACAGAAUUAGCAUCAAAAUAAAAAAUUAUGAGAUGCCCGGAAGGAUUAAAGGAACCUUUCUCGAACGUUGGGCAAAAUAUUGGCACAACCUCUAUAUAGAUUAUAAAGAUGUAGCAAUUGAUGUAGCCAAAGAUUGCAGAAAGCAUCCUAUACGUACCACGAUAUACACUACAUUUUUAGGAGCUAACUUAUAUUCUGCUAUACACAAUCCAGAUGAAAUUUCGUUCAGAGAUACCAUGAUAAAGUACAAUUUAAAAUUAACACUGCUGGGAACACCCAUACGCAAUCCUGUUGCUGUGGAGCAUAUAGAACGGUUGCAGCAGUACUACAAUGAAGGAAUCAUCAGGAGAUUAAGUUUGGGUAUCUUAUCCUUGAUCUGGAUAGAUAAUUAUGAUGAAGACUGUUCCUCUUACAAAGCUGUGUGUCCAUACCUCAAACCACGUUACAUAACUUUUUACGAAAGAAUAAUAGAUGUAGGUUUUUUAGACAAGUGGUGGAUAUUAGACAACAAAAUGAAAGACUAUGAUGUAAAUGAAAUUGAAUUUAAUAGUUUGACAGAAUAAUAUACAAAUAUUGCCUAAAUAGUGUUACAGAUUCCCAUUAUCAGUAUUGUAUGUAUGGAUAUACAUGCGAUUCUCCAAUAAAAACCUUUCCUUGUUAUUUAUGUAAUCUCAUAGAAAAAAAAGUAAAUGUAACUUCUUGUAAGGAGUUCUGCAUAACAAAUAUAUAUAUAUUUAUAAAUUAAUAACGGGUACAGAAAUGCUGUUGUGUACAUAAAAACUAUCUUUGAUAUUGUUAAUUUUGUUAACAACGUUAACAAAAUUUUAUUGUAAAACAGGUAUGUUUGUAAAUAUUAAGACAUUAUUAAAGUUAUACAAAUUGA